AUAACUAUUAAUAUUAAAACAGGAAAUUCUCGAAUGGAUCGUUCACACCGCCAAGAAUCAUUUCAACAACAACAACAAUCAUCUUCUUCAUCCUCUUUCUCAUCAACAAAUUUGUUGACCUCUUCAAUUACCCCAUCACUCAUUUUUAAUGAAGACGAAGAUAAUAAUAAUAAUAAUUCCACAGAACAACAACAACCACCGGUUGCACGGGAAAGGAAAAGUAAAAGAUUUCAAGCUGGUUCUUCUACUUGUUCUAUUUCUUUUUAUUCUUCCUUUUCUUAUGAAGAUGAUGGAAUUGAUGAGAAACGGAUUCAGAAUUGUGAAAGAUCAGACGUUUUGAGAGAAAGCCAAGUCGGGCGGCGACCUUUUAAUGUCGAUUCGGCUGUCAAUAAUACCACCACUGAAGCAAUUAAUAGUGGAGGAAAGGGACGUCAACUAGAGCAAUUUCGUAGCGGUCAAAGAGGAAGGGAAGGGGAAAAAGAAGAAAUUGUGAAAGAGUCAACUAGCAAUUUUAAAAGCAAUGAGGGAGAUUUUGACGAUGAGCAGCAACAAUUUCCCAUCGGGGGAAGAGGAGGAGGAGGGGAGCUUUGGAGUGACAGGUAG